AUGGUAACCUUCCCCAGAGAAAAUGGCAAUAUAGAAAGAGACCCCAUUAUUCCAGUCUCGAAAGAAGGCCUUCACGGUUUCUUUCACCGAUUCGAGCCGCUUCACGAUAACUCGGUGAAAAUAAUGGUGAAACACUCUUGUUUCGAACGAGAUUUCGUAAGGAACCGAACGUACUUCCCGGAAGGAGGAACACUCGAAGCUCAGUAUUUAACAAGGGCUCUCACCUUGUUCCCUUGUGCAAGAAAACAGAGGACGAGCUGUUAUAAAGAAGGAUUAUCUCGAUGCUCGGUGAGAAUGGUCACAAGAGGAAACGAGACGCAUAAGAAUGAAAACAAUGGUCGUCGAGUUUCGAAAGUCUCUCGCGAAUAUAAUGGAUAA